AUGGAUAUCAAGAAGUAUUGGUUUAGUUCAAGCAAUUCAAGUAUUCAAAGCAUCAGGUUAGGUCGUAGCUACUCAAAACCAAACUAUCAUAGCAACCAUGAUGGGCCUAAACCGGUGUGGCAAAUGCUUUGGAGAAAGCUCAAGAGGGAUAAGAAAAAAGGGUUUGGUUCAGUGCAGGGUAUUUAUGAUCCAGAAUCAUACUCAAUGAACUUUGAUCAUGGAACUGGGUGGCUGGAGCCUGAUAAUCUCCCUCGUUCCUUCUCAUCUCGCUAUGCUGAUCCAUCUAGAAUCUUGCCACCAAGACAUUUAUUGGAUUAA